GAUAUUAUAAUCCCUCUUACAUUAAGUUUUUAACAUAAUUCACCUCGUGGGUGUUUUGAAGAAAAAUACCUGAGGUUAUAGGAAGGUAGGAGAAAACUGGAGAACCCGGAUGAAACCCACGCACCAUGGCGAGAACAGGAGACCAGGUUGUUGCCAGGGGUUGCUUGUACAAUGUAAAGAUAGGUUUUUUUGGUUUGUUAGCAAAACUACUAGUAGAACUACAUAUCUUCUGAGUUUCUUUGUUGAUUUUCUCUCGACCUUCGCUCUGGGAUUUGUUGCACGAUCCCUGGGAUUUGAACUUGCAGCACUCUGCCACUGGUACCUCUUCCCCAGUAAAUGGAACUGAAUAGAAAAAUCUUUCAAUCUUAAAUCUUUUCUGUCUUCAGUGUUUAAGUAACUGCUGAAAGAUCUGGAGAUUAUGGCUUCCACUGGAACAUUCCGCAUGGUCUCAGAGGAUGAGCAGACAAUGCGCUCCAAGCUUGAGCAUCUGACUGUGAAGGAUCAUGGGCCAGUGUUUGGGCCAUGUCAGAAGCUACCUGAUCACACAGUACAGAAGGCAAAGGACGAGCUGAACGAGACAGUGGAGAAGAGAGUGUCUGCAGUAAAGGAGCUGAGAGCCCUGAUCUGCGAGAAGGCCGAGGAUAGGGACGACGUGUCCAUGGGUGUGAAGGAGAAAUUUGGGGACAAACCAGAUUCUCUGCUCCUGAGGUUCAUCCGUGCGCGCAAGUUUGACGUGGCCAGGGCAUAUGAGCUCAUGAAGGGUUAUGUGCGUUUUCGACGUGAUUACCCCGAGCUGUUUGAGAAUUUGACCCCUGAAGCAGUGCACAGUACCAUCGAGGCUGGCUAUCCACAAAUACUCAGCACCCGUGACAAGGACGGCCGUGUGGUUCUCCUUUUCAACAUAGAGAACUGGGAUUUGGAAGAGGUCACCUUUGAUGAAACUCUGCGGGCAUACUGUGUCAUCCUGGAGAAACUUCUGGAAAAUGAGGAGACUCAGAUCAACGGCUUUGUACUCAUUGAAAACUUUAAGGGCUUUACUAUGCAGCAUGCAGCUGGCAUCAAACACACUGAGCUGAAAAAGAUGGUGGACAUGCUGCAGGACUCAUUUCCUGCACGCUUCAAGGCUGUGCAUGUGAUCCACCAGCCUUGGUACUUCACAACCACUUACAAUGUGGCCAAAUCCUUCAUGAAGAGCAAACUGCUAGAGAGGGUUUUUGUUCACGGUGACGAUUUGGAUGCUUUCUUCAGAGACUUCAGCGCUGAAAUCCUCCCUCCAGACUUCAAUGGGAAAGGGCCGAACUGUGAUGGCAAAGAGACAGCAGUCAAGCUGUUUGGCUCUGAAGACACAGCUCUUUAAAUGACUCAAGGAUCAGAUGCCCUUUAGGCAACAUGAAAGUCCCAGCCCUAAUAGAAUAAAAUAAAACUAGUCUCUGCUGUACCAUCAUGUAUGGGAAGUGCUUGAGAACUUUUGGUCCUGAAUUACAGUUGAAUAAAUGUCAAUUUCCUCCAAUUAUAGCAAAAUGUUAUCCUUCCACAAUGUCUAAUCACUAAAAACAACAAAAAAAAAACACAAACACACCAGAAAUAUUUAUACAAGAAAAUAAUUUAUUUUAAACACAUGAACUAUAUUUAAUCCAAUUAUUCAAUCACACACUGUUGUCCCCCCGCAAAAAAAAAAUGUUAAAAAAGAAAAAAAUAGUAAUAAUAAAAAAAAACACCCACACACAACUAGGUUGAAGUGUUAUGGUCAAUGAAGGUGGAAUAUGGUAUAGUCAUGGGUACAAACAACCCAUCAAACACACGGCACUGUGAAUACAUUGUGAUCAGCUGUAUAAAUCUAGAAAUCAAAUUUUACUGCAUAAAAUCAGGAAAUGAUCUUGCACUGAUAGUGUAGCGAAUAGUCCGUGGGUCAGUGGGAAUUCUAAUGGAUUUAUAAAUAUGAUCAAAUAUGAAAACAACAAACACUCUUCCGAUGCUAUUAAUGAUUGCUGAAAACAGCAGGAAUGUUAUUUUACACUCCGAAUU